CACACGCACAGUUACAAUCAGGAAUUUAGUUCACCAUGAACAUCUUGUAUAUUUUAUCUAUUGUUGCGUUUUUACCUACCUUAUUCAAGUGUGACGAUGUUAAAAAGAAAAAAGUUUUAGAAAUCAAAAAGCACUUAAAGAGGCUAAAGAAAGAAGAAGGUGCUAUCAAAUUGGUUGGUGGUAAAGACGAAUAUGAAGGAAACGUUGAAAUUCUCCACAAUGGGACUUGGGGAGCCAUAUGCGACGACGAAUGGGAUCUUGUGGAAGCAAAAUUGAUCUGUAAGCAACUCGGGUACGAUGAAAAACUGGCUCAGCCAACAGUAAAUUCGUAUUUUGGUCCAGCUAAACGCAGAUAUUGGAUGGACAAUAUUUAUUGUGAUGGCACUGAAAACGAAGUUGCACAUUGUAGGUUCGAUGGAUGGGGUCAGAACGACUGUACGAAAACGGAAGCGGCUGGUGUUAUAUGUGCCCAGCCUGAGCUAAUCUUGAAACCUGAAGUAGAGGAAGAAAUUAAAAGAGCCAAUGUUAGGGUGACAAUGCCAAAAAUCAAGAAAAUGAGACUACAAAGUGGGAGAGUUGCUACGGAAGGUCGCGUAGAAAUUCAAACCAAGUCAGGGGAGUGGGAGGUAAUAUGCGGCGACGGUUGGUCUCUCCUCGAAGCCAUGGUUGUAUGCAAGGCUUUGAACUUGGGGUACGCCAAUGAUGCGAUGCAAACCGACUUCUUUGGAGGAAACUUGUCCGAAAGCAGUCUUGCGGGAGUGAAAUGUUUGGGGAACGAAGCCACCUUAAGCGAUUGUACACAUGACGCCAGCCUCACUGGAAAAUGUAAAAGCAAAGACGUGGCUGCCGUAUCCUGUAUCCUAACAAUGGCUGACCUGGUGAUUGACCACUUAGAACUGAUCCGCACGGCACAUUUAGAAGACAAGCAAAUGUUUUUUCUAACUUGUGCCAUGGAGGAGAAUUGCGUGGCGUCAACAGCUUAUGAGAUUCAAAGAGAAAACGACGGAUGGCACUUAGAGACUAGGAGAUUGUUGAGAUUUACUGCUAGGAUAUUCAACGCUGGAACUGCCGAUUUUCGUCCCUCGAUACCAAAACAUUUAUGGGAAUGGCACAUGUGCCACAUGCAUUAUCACAGUAUGGAGGUUUUUGCCACGUUCGAUAUUUUUAAUGACAAAGGAGUUAGGGUGGCUGAAGGUCAUAAAGCGUCGUUUUGCUUAGAAGACAACCAAUGUCUGCCAGGUGUUAAACCCAGGUUUGCCUGCGCCAAUUAUGGCGACCAAGGGAUUUCUGUUAACUGUUCGGAUAUUUACAAAUACACUGUAGAUUGCCAGUGGGUGGACAUCUCGGACUUGGAACCUGGUAAAUACACAAUGAAAGUUGCCGUCAACCCUGAAUUUAAGGUUCCCGAGAUCAGCUUUGACAACAACGCAGCUACCUGUGACUUCUUAUAUACAGAGACAUUUGGUGCUGUGUCCAACUGUACAGUAGGAAGACCUUAACGUAUUUUCUUGUAAUAAGUAUUAUGUUUAAUGUUUUGUAUUUUGUAUCUAGGUUUUUUAUUCAUAAUAACUAGUAAUAAAACACAGUUUUCGCAAUAAAACAAUAUAAUGGUCUUUUUAAUACAUCAAUUCUAGAUAAUAUUCAGCUUACAGUAUGUUUCGUGUUUUUCUUCUGGAAUGAAAUAAAACGACAUUCAGAUUUC